ACCCCGGGCGGCGGGACGGACGGACGGACGGGCGGGCGCGGGUCGGAACUCGCGCCGUGCCCGCCAAGAGAUUCAAGCAAGCCCUCGGUUCCCCCGGGGCGAGGGCCGGAGCCGGGGCGGGUGGGGGCGCAGGCCCGGGGGAUGCUGGGCUCGGUGAAGAUGGAGGCCCAUGACCUGGCCGAAUGGAGCUACUACCCGGAGGCGGGCGAGGUCUACUCUCCAGUAACCCCAGUGCCAACCAUGGCCCCUCUCAACUCCUACAUGACCUUGAACCCUCUGGGCUCUCCCUACUCUCCUGGGGGGCUCCCUGCGUCACCACUGCCCUCAGGACCCCUGGCGCCCCCAGCCCCAGCUGCACCCCUGGGGCCUACCUUCCCAGGCCUGGGUCCCAGCAGCGGUGGAGGCAGCAGCUCAGGGUUUGGGGGUCCAGGGCCGGGACUGCAUGGGAAGGAGAUGGCCAAGGGGUACAGGCGGCCCCUGGCCCAUGCCAAGCCACCGUAUUCUUAUAUCUCUCUCAUCACCAUGGCCAUCCAGCAGGCACCAGGCAAGAUGCUGACCUUGAGUGAGAUUUACCAGUGGAUCAUGGACCUCUUCCCUUAUUACCGGGAGAACCAGCAGCGCUGGCAAAACUCCAUCCGCCACUCGCUGUCCUUCAAUGACUGUUUUGUCAAGGUGGCACGUUCCCCAGACAAGCCAGGCAAGGGUUCCUACUGGGCUCUGCACCCCAGCUCUGGGAACAUGUUUGAGAAUGGCUGCUACCUUCGUCGCCAGAAGCGCUUCAAGCUGGAGGACAAAGUGAAGAAGGGGAACAGUGAGGCCUCUGCUGCUAGGAACAGCACAGGAUUGGUCACCUCAACCACCACCUCUGUUGCCACAGUCACAUCACCGCUCCAGCCCCAGCCUCCACCCCCUGAGCCAGAGGCCCAGGGUGGAGAAGAGGUUGGGGCGCUGGACUGUGGCUCCCCCACUUCCUCUACACCCUAUUUCACGGGCCUGGAGAUUCCUGGGGAAUUGAAGCUGGAUGCGCCCUACAACUUCAACCACCCUUUCUCCAUCAACAAUCUGAUGUCAGAACAGACACCAGCACCUCCCAAACUGGACGUGGGGUUUGGGGGCUAUGGGGCUGACAGUGGGGAGGCUGGGGUGUACUACCAGGGCCUCUAUUCCCGCUCGGUGCUCAAUGCAUCCUAGCAGGGGAGUGAGUGGGAACGUGGUGGUGGGUUUUGGCUGUGGCUCACACC